AUGGUCUUCUUGAAGAAAAGCUUUGCCCUGGGCGCCAUCGUCGCCCUUUUCGCCACCGUUGGGGUUGCUCAGGCUGCCAGCGAUGACGAUUCAGUGAUGGAGCCCCUUCGUACUCACUCUAUCUACAUGCCCUAUAUCGACAAUGAUCUUCAGAACCGUUGGUUCGAUUUCGGAGGCGAUACCAUUGUCAACACCAACAGACACAUCCGUUUGACCCAGGAUGUCCCCUCCCAAGGUGGAUGGCUCUGGAGCAGACUGCCAUUGGUGGCUCCCAACUUCCAGGUUGACAUCCAGUUCGAGGUGGACGGCAAGGGCGAUGGCAUUGUUGGAGACGGUUUCGCCGUCUGGUUCACCAAGGAGCGUGCCGAGACAGGACCUGUCUUUGGAAACCGGGAUCGCUUCGAGGGUUUGGGUAUCUUCUUCGAUACCUACGCCAACGGUCGUCACUCCCACUCGUUCCCAUACGUGAUGGCGAUGAUGGGCGAUGGCCGGACGAGCUAUGACAACGACAACGAUGGCCUGGCCAACAGAUUGGGAGGAUGCGAGUCUGACUUUAGAAGAAAGUUGGUCCCCACCCGCGCCCGUAUCACCUACAACUCUGGCUCCAAGCAGCUUCACCUGGAGUUGCAGACGAACGCAUGGGACGAGUGGACUACUUGCUUCACAUUGCACGAUAUCGUCUUGCCCUCGCCCUACUACCUCGGCUUCACAUCACACACCGGCGAGGUCCACGACAACCACGACAUCAUCAGCGUCACCACUAACAUCAUCCCCAAGUCCGAGGACUAUGUCAUCCACAGGGUUAACAACACACCUCCCCCCAAGUCGGCGUCUGGACUCGGUACGGUUGUCAAGUACGUUGCCGGCAGCGGCGUCUUUGUUGCCAUUGUUGUUUUCGCCUACAAGGCUGCCACCAAGAACAACAACAUGAAGCGCUUCUAA